CUGGGUGUGGACUGCCUUGUAUAAUUAACUGCACAGCUGUAGCUUCUGAUCCCUGGUAACGUCUGUUUCUUUUCUUUCUCCCUGCAUCUACCUAGCAUAAUCCAAGUGUUCUCCUCCUCCUUGCAGGAGCGCCAGGUGCGUCACUUGGGCAGAAACUUUCCUGCAUUCCACCGUCAUUCUUCGCUGAGACAGCAACCGAGCAGACAUACCUAGACAUACAGGGUUGGGAGACUGGAACUGGACAAGACUGAGCAGUGAAGCCAAUUAGCCCUGUUCUGACAAUGGAAACGGGGAGUGCAGCAAGGACAAACGGUACCACUGGGAAGCCAGAGGAUGUGAAGAGUCCAUCUGCCCCCAAAAAAGAAGAAGAAGUGAAGAAGACCACAAACCCUGGUGGAGGUGAGAAGGAAGCUAUGAAGGGCACUGGCAGUGCUUCUUUGGAGACAGGGCAAAUCAAGAGCUCCCUCUUCUCUGGGAGUGACUGGAAGAGGCCCAUCAUUCAGUUUGUGGAGUCGUCCGAUGAGAAGAGAUCUUAUUUCAGCAUGGAUUCAGCAGAUUCAAAGAAGAUGCAAUAUGCCAGUGGACAGAUAGGAGAUAUGAGGAGACCACCCCUCUCCUUUGCAGAGAAAGGUGAUCUCAGGAAGUCCCUCUUCUCCUUGGAUUCCAAAAAGAGCUUCCUGCCUAGUGAAGGGGAAGGGAGGAAGUCGUUGUUCUCUGGGGGCCAGAUGGGGGACCUGAAGAAAACUUCCCUUCCUCUGGUGGAGACAGGGGACCUGAGAAGAUCCACCUUCAACAAGCCUGACAGAGCAGCUGGGUCACGGCCCAGGGUGAAGCUUGAGGAUGUUCUAUGUGAUUCCUGCAUCGAUAACAAGCAGAAGGCUGUGAAAUCCUGCUUGGUGUGCCAGGCUUCGUUCUGUGAGCUGCACCUCAAGCCCCAUCUGGAGGGAGCAGCUUUCCGGGACCACCAGCUCCUGGACCCCAUCAGGGACUUUGAAGCAAGAAAAUGCCCUGUGCAUGGGAAGACCAUGGAGCUGUUCUGUCAGACAGACCAGAUGUGCAUCUGCUAUCUCUGCAUGUUCCAAGAGCACAAGAACCACAGCACAGUGACAGUGGAGAUUGAGAAAGCAGGAAAAGAGGCUGAGCUUUCACUGCAGAAAGAGCAACUGCAGCUGAAGAUCAUUGAGGUAGAAGAUGAAAUGGAUAAGUGGCAAAAGGAGAGGGACCGUAUUAAGAACUACACCACCAAUGAGAAAGCCACAGUGGACCAGCAUUUCAAAGAGCUGAUCCGUGACCUGGAGAGGCAGAGGGAUGAAGUGAAGGCUGCCCUGGACCAGAGGGAAAAGAUUGCAUCAGAGAACGUGAAAGAAAUUGUGGAUGAGCUGGAAGAGAGGGCAAAGCUUCUGCGAGAGGACAAGGAGAACAGGGAGCAGAUCCACCAGAUCAGUGACUCUGUGCUCUUCCUGCAGGAGUUUGGGGCUUUGAUGAGGAAUUACGUCCCCCCUCCAUCUCUCCCAACAUACAGUGUGCUGCUUGAAGGGGAGAGCAUGAGCCCAUCUAUGGGACUCCUCAGAGAUGACCUCCUGAACGUCUGUAUGAGGCAUGUGGAGAAGAUCUGUAAGGCAGACCUUGGCCGCAACUUCAUAGAGAGGAACCAUAUGGAGAAUGGUGACCAUCGGUACAUGAUGAACAACUAUGAGUGGAACCAGCCUGACAACUUGAAGAGAUUUUCCAUGUUCCUGUCUCCCAAAGCCAGUUUCAACCCACGAUCAUGGGAAUUUUCCUCCUUCCAAGCGACUGAGGAAACACUUGUAGGCAAUGGUACUAAGCUGCCUUUUCAGUUCUCCUCGGUGGGACAGAAUCCGCCCGGUGACUUCAGCAAACAGUCUGACGGAAGCCUCUUCACUAAGACCGCUUAUCCUUCAAUAGUGAGACAUCAGUCUGCAAAGGUGACGCCACAGACAUGGAAAUCCUCUAAGCAGUCUGUAUUGUCACAUUACCGCCCCUUUUACGUCAACAAAGGCAAUGGAGCCACUUCCAACGAGGCACCUUGAUUCCUGAAGAUUUAGGGAAGAGCUGGCAGCACUUGGAGUGAAGACUCAGCUGUGGAUUUUCAUGGAUGUACCUGCUACUACAUUAACCUUACUGCUCUAAUCUCUGCCAGGGAGAGGGAAGGUGCAGAAGGGAAUAGCCUUUACUAGAGGAAACAAGGACUUUUUCCAAAUCACCUUGAAAGUUCUGCAGGCCUUAACAACAUAACCCCAUCCUCUGCUGUCACCUCUUUAUUCCCUCUCUGUCAAUGCCCUUCACUUUGCUUCUGCAGAGCAAGCUGCUCUGCUUCUCCUGGGAAGCAUGCAUGCUUGGGUAGCACCCCCCCCCCCGACUCUGCUAUAUCAGUUGCCUCACUGUCCUGAGUGUGUUUAUAUGACCAUAGCUGUUAAAUCCUGGUGAAGGUCCCAAGCUGGGGGGGGCCCAAAGGUCUUCCUAGAAUGGAAAGGUUCCAGCCAGCCCCUAGGAGCAGUGACAGGAUAAAGCCCCUCCCAUGCCUCUCUACCCUGUCACCCAGCCCUGCCUGGGAUGGGGACACACAGAUCUCACUGGGGUCAGGGCCCACGCUUCCACCUCCCUGAGAUCCCUGCAGACAUCCCCCCAGCCCAUGCCCGUGGCAGCACGCUUCCUCAGGGCCCUUUGUCAGCUCCGUUCUGCUCCUGCUGCCUUCUAAAAAGCCAGCCAACAGGACCUAUUCGGAGCUGCAACAGCCCAAGGCCAGCUGCUGGUGGAGGAAAGAGAGGCUUUCUAUCCCAUUAAAGUACCCCUCCAGCCACCUUUUCAAAUUAAAAAAUGAAAAGAAAAUCCAUCCUACUAAAAUAAGAUUGAUUAGAUGCCAUAGGUGUUGGGUGCUUCUGUGUUUUGUUUUGUGGUUGUUUUUUUAAUUCCCCUAAAUGAAAAUUGAGUUAUGUAUUGUGGUUCAGGUAUUUUAUUUUUUUUUUGCAGUGGGCAAUGAGAAUUAGAACCAUAGCUUUCUGCUCAGGAUAAUAUUUUUUUAUUUGUACCCUGGACAGACAAAUCACAUCAGCACCCAGCCUGUAAACCACCCAUGAUUGGUUAACCUUUCCAUGAUCUCACUGAGAUUAUUUUCCUUCCCCUUGAACAAUGCUGAGAGGUUCAGUCCAUGCUGUGCAAAAACCUCCCCAGCCAGUCAAUGGGAGCAGAUGACCCGCUGCAGGAUCAGAGCCCUCAAAUGGUGAUAGGCAGCUGCAGAGCAGAGAACCGAGACCUAACAGCUACUCUUCAUGGUUUGCUCUGUUCAAGUGGUUUUUUGAAUGGCUUCCUUCCACCUUUCCUACCCCCAAAUGCUUGCAACACCUUGCUGAGAGAGGUCACGCCUAUCCCUCCCUGACGAUUACUUUUUUGCUAAUCCCUGUGCAAAGAUACGCACUGCUUUUUAAUCCAACACCUCGACAAAGCUUCUGAGGCUGAAAGUUGGCUGCUCCAGAUUACAUGAAAUGGAAUUUAUUUUAUAAUUUUUUUUUUUUUUCCUUAAUGACCAGAGGGUAAUGGGAUAGCAUGGUAAGGAAGGAUGUGAAGAAAGGGAAACUGGGAUAGAGUUGCUAGGAAAUACACUGAGGGAUUUGAGUAUGUGUGUGAAAGGAUAAACUAAGCCCCCCACCCCAAUCUCACUGUUUUGCCCCCGCACAGCGUCCAGUAAUCACUUGGGUCCCUUAUGUUCCAGUAAAAGCUUCCACCGUCUUCUACUUUCCAAAAUGUGGGCAUGAUCCCUCCUCCUCUGAAACUUGGAUAUUAAAAUCCCCCCCUUCUUUCCUGCCCUAAAGAAGGCCUGCUGCAGUGCCAGCCGGCAUCUGCACUGCCCCUCGCCCAGCAUACGAGUGACCGACCGGUCUGAGGGAGCAAGUGUCCCCUUCCUCCCACUGUCCCCCCCCACCGGCUCUGCCCUUCCCCACCUCUGCAGCCCCCACAGCCUGUUUGCUCCCCUUCCUCUCCUCACUUCCAGGGCCUCACUCAGACCUCACACACACGACUUUUCACACCAGCACACUCUGGCAGCGGGAACGGAGCUUCUCCCCGUUUGUGUUAGUCUUGGAGGAUGCCAGGCCUCCCCCUUCCAGCCCCGCUGGUCUCCCCACAGGCCUCUGCCUCACUGGGGGAGUGCGGGACGGGACACAGCUCUGGCCCCGCUCUGCCUUGCAGUCCCAGGGAACUAGCUUUGAGGUGUAUUGUGCAUGAACUGUUUUUGUCGUGUUUGUCUUGAUCAGCAAAGCAAGAGGAAUUCCACCUCCUCAGACAGGACACGACUGCGCUGAUGUAAGUGAGGCCCUUCGCGUGUGCAACACAUACUGCAGAAAUAAAGGAGAAAGCUCCAUGUCUGACCAAAAAA